AUGAUCAAGGCAUACUGGCAGACCUUGCCUGAUGAUGAGCCUGAACAAUUCCCGGAAUGGACAUCAAUAUACUUUGUUAAAGUGGGAGAUAAUGAGAUGAAAUGUAAUCUUUGUGAUAUCAAUCUUAAAGUCGAUGAGAAGUCCAUGGAGUUAGUAGAACAUAUGAAGGUUGAUCACAAGGACAUUUAUGAUCUCCACAAAGAUAACCCAGAGGCUACCGUUGGCUUCAGAAUUGAAUUCUUGAAUUUAAAUAUGUUAAAAGACGACGGAGAUCCUAAGAAUGAGCCUGUAAUACUUGGUGAAGUUUGUGAAACUACUACAGAAACAAUUGAACAGAAAGUUGAAGAUAUUUCAACAAAAGCUGAUGAUUCAAACUUGCCUUUUGUAUUGCUUGACCGUAAAAAGAAGCCAAGACGUGAAAGUGCAGGGCCACGCAAACGCAGCUGGGUUUGGAAGUACUUUGAUAAGCUGAGCAACAUUAUCUACCGUUGUAAAUUGUGCAACGUAGUACUCUCAAUCAAGGGCUGCAAUUCUAACAAUAUGAAUAGACAUGUCCGCUCCAGACAUCCAAUGGUCUUCAAGAGUGAGGUAACGAAGAGAGAAAAAAGUGAUACAAUUUUAGUUGACAGCGGUUUUGUGCUUACCAGUGAGACAAACACACCGUAUGCAAUUAAAACUGAAGAGAUAUAUGCCAGCGAUAGAGACUUUGAAGAAAUUAUAACUACAGAGACCCCAACACAGAAGAUGCGUCGUAGCUGGAUCUGGUCGUAUUUCGACCGCGUGUCCAGUACUCAAGCACGCUGCAAACUCUGCGACCGUCACAUCUGUCAUGGGGGCAACGCUACCGGCAAUAUGAACCGACAUCUUAAGAUGAUACAUCAUAAGACUGCCUGCGAUAUGCCUUGUGACCAGAGCUGGGUGUGGAAGGUGUUCGAAGCGAUCGACAACGACUUCUACAGCUGCAAGAUAUGCCAGUACAAGUGUCUGAAGUGCAGUGAUAUUGACAAGAGCAUGGCUGGUAUACUCAACCAUCUUAAGUUAGAACAUGGUGUUGUUUCUGGUGAUCAAAUCAUCACUGGUGCAGACGUUGAAACCGAAGAGACUUGCUGA